UGAUCAGCUGUGUCCAAUCACAGCUGAUCGCAUCUGUCACGCUGACAGAGGAGAGCCGGUAAUCUGCAUUCCUCAGAGGGGACAUGUACACUGAUCAUAAGGCAUUGAUGAUCAGUGUGCCCUGAUGAUCUGUGUAGCCCCAGCAGUGCCACCUGUCAAUGUCCAUCAGUGCCAGCUGUCAGUGCUCAUCCAUGCCACCUGCCAGUGCCCAUCAGUGCCACAUCAAUGCCACAUUUCAGUGCUUACCACUGCACAUCAAUGCCACAUAUCAGUGCCCAUCUGAGCUGCCUUUCAGUGUCACCCAUCAGUGCCACCUAUCAAUGCCAGUCAGUGCCACCUAUCAGUGCUGCCAAUCAGUGCCACCUAACAGUGCCUGUCAGUGCCACCUAACAGUGCCAUAUAUGAGUGCUGCCUUUCAGUGCCACCUACCAGUGCCUCAUCAUCAGUGCCCAUCAGUGCCACCUAUCAGUGCCCAUCAC